ACGUCGUCGUAAAUAACACUUGAAAGAAUUUACAUUUUUCUUUAAAAUAAAUAUUAAUUUCAUGAUUUUUGACUAUUUGAAGAACGUUCUAAGUUACCAAAAAUGGCAGAACUGAAAACAGAUGAUUCCGAAGUGAAAGAGGGAAAUAUCGGUCCAGAGGAGAGUACAGUGAUCUACAAAACGAUAUUCAUUAAGGAAGAAUCCGAGCUAAUAAAUGGUGAUCUUUUAGCAGACGAAGAUAUUAAGCAAGAAAUCAUAGAGUUGGGAGAGUACGAACUGAACGUUCCCGCCGUUGAACCAGCGCAAGAGGCCACCGUGUCAAAUGAAUCUUCAGUGUCCAAGGAACCCGUAAUAAUGUUGGGAAAACGGCUGAGGCAUCCUAGGAAUAUGCCGUACCCUAGGAAGGAAUGCGAGCAUUGUGGCAAAACGUUCGCCUUCCAAUACAAUCUGGCCGUGCACCGGGUCAAGAAACACGGAAGUACGGAAACGCCUACGAAAAUUUGUUUACCACCCAAGACAUCGUUGCCGCCAAACCUCCGCUGCGACCAGUGUGGCAAAUUGUACCGUCAUAAGGCUAAUCUCGCGACUCACAAGGCUAAAGUUCACGGCAUUGGAGAAGCUCCACCAAAAAGCUUUGUUCACACCUGCAAGCACUGUAAAAAGCAGCUAACAUCGUGGAAAUCUUUGGUCGAACACCUGAAGUUCAUUCACGGAGAAAUCAUCGACCCGACGCAGAUUGCUCUAUGUCCAUUGUGCCUCAAGAGAUUUACUACGGCCGAGGAAUUGUCGGGGCAUUCCUGCAGCAGGAGAAAUCAAGGGGAAAUGGAUCUUCCUUUCAAGUGCGACUUGUGCGGUAAAGCUUAUUCCGGCCAAACAGGAUUGUAUGCCCAUUAUUCCGUUCAUCCGGAAUACCACAACUUUAAAUGCGAUCAAUGCCCGAGCGGAUUCUUCAACAAAGUGCGACUUACCAUUCACAAAAAGGCAUUACACGUAUCAAAAGACGAUUACCUUGAGUGUAACAUCUGUAACGUGCGCUACAAAAGCCAACGUGUCUUGAGACGACACCAGAAACUUCACGCCAUUCGUGCAUACUGUUGUGAAUUUUGUGGCAAAAGCUACGAAACUCGUGAAAGACUCGGAGCGCAUCAAUACAAUAAACACGCGAUUCAGGACGCGAUGCCAUACAAAUGCUCCUUUCCUCAGUGUGAUAAAAGCUUCCUCUACAACUGCCAGCUCAAAUCGCACGAGCAAUGCCACAUGAAUAAGAAGAGUCCGCUGUACGCACAGCGGGAUCCUGAAUGAUUAUAAUGCGUCAUGGCUUUUUAUGAUUUUGAAUAAAAUUUCACUUGAUUUGGAAUAAAUAAAUUAUUAAAUAACUGCGAUUUAUAAGCAAGGGUCCUGAUUUUCGGUUCAAUGAACAGAAACCACUCACUCAUCGCCUAUCCAUUCGUCGCCUAUUCCAACCCGCUAGCAUUCAUGAGCGAAUGAGUCUCGCAAGCAGCCAACGAGUGGCCCGAACUGUUCACUCAGCGAACAAAUACAUCGUGAAAAUAUUUGCCUACUCCGUCGCUCGACGACACUCACACACUACCAUGCUCAGCGAAGAGCCAUUCUCACAAAAUGCCAGAGCGGCAGUCUUUUUGUCUUCACGCCCUCAGUUUGCCAUCAAUUUGAUUUUUUCUUGGUGGAAAUUUCUUGAAUGGUCUAUAAUGUUAUGAAAUCAAAAUAAAUGCAAAAUUUAAUUGAUAACAUUGAUUUUAAGCAACCCAAAUCAAAUCAACCCAGCGCGAGUGCUUUUCAUCUCG